AUGCAAACAAGUACGAAGACCAACUGCACCAAGGUGCAGGAAAGUGAUGAAACAAUUGAUAUCCGGCCUCAAAAGAUCGAGGAAGACAUCACCACUGCCUCCGCAAGCAGGGCCUGUUCUUCCGAGAUGAUGAACUAUUCCGACGCAGGCAAACGUGAUGAAGUGGAGUGUACUAGCCGUGGCGAACAGCUGACGGAUGAGGAAGCGAUGUGUAACUUCGAAACACCGACGACGGAUAGAACGCUAUUCCGAUUGCGCAAGUGCUCUACGAAGAUCUUUGGUCUUUCGCCUGUUUCGGAAAUAUCGGCCGCUCUGCAAGAUUCCGGCCUAGAUACGCCCCGCGUAGUACGCCACGAGAAACCUCGACCGGUGUGCUUGCGAAAAGAAAGCAAAUUUCAAGGCGUCCUCGGUGAAGAAAGUGCGGUGACGCCGUCCGGCAAAGGUGCUUCCCGCCGAGUCCUGCUCCCGAAUGCUGACGAACGCAAUCAAAAACUUGACAACGUCGGCGGUAACACCAAAGACGACGACGACUCCAACCAGUGGAAACAGCAGCAGCAGCAGCAGCAGGAAGACGUUGAAGCGUUGAACCACAGCCGCUUCACACUGAACUCCGCCAGUCGAUCUCCAGCAAGCAGGCGAGCGGAACAGCGUCAGCGCAGCCAACAGUUCCGACAGCAUGGCGUGCCUCAGCGCAUGCUCUACGACGAUAGCUGCAAGUUGUUGGCCUCCCCCGGCAAGGAAAACAUGCCGACGGAGGAGCUAUCGUUCUACCAGAGCCACAGCCCACAGCAGAGCCCACGGCCGUGCAGUCCGUGCACGCUCUGUCCGGACGAUUCGCUCGGUGGCGAUCUGCUACCCUCGGAGAACAACACCCCCAGCAAGCACGUGACCAUCCCGAUCGUUAGCAAAAAUGGGACCGGUCCGAUCGUCGCUGGUAAGCUUGCAACCGUACCGGGUGGGCUUGGGUAUCGCCUGCGCCGACCGCUGGAUGAUCAUGAUCCCAACUCGAUGGACUCCGGGUACGGUGCGAGCGUGCUGAACGAUGCGCUGAUGAGCUCGCUGCACAGCACCAGUAGCAAUGCCAGCAGUACGAUGGCGGCAACGAAAACGCACUCCAUGUUCCAGUUCAACCACUCCAGCUCGACCGCACUGUCGCGGCACAGUUCCAGAUCGCCAGCGAGCUCCCGGGGUCGGCUACUGCUGCACAGCAGCCUAUCGUCCGGCUCGAUGGAGUCGAUGGACGAUAUGGAGCUGUUCGAUAUGGAAGCGAUGGAGGAUGAGGACAUUGUGGACAAAUUGCAAUCCUGCCCAGAGACGCAGACCCAGCAACCGAGCGGGCUCAGCUCACUCAUCUGCGGCACCAUCAAGACGACGAAAACGGCAACGACACCUGAACAUCAGAAGCGUCCAUUCGUUCGGCGGUGUUUAAGCCUCACCGAGAAUGCUAACAACAGUGCUAACCUUCCGGCGCUCGUCAUCGCGUCACCGAUGAAGACACCGGAGCGAUAUACGCGCCGGAUGAUCGCUAUGGAUGAUCAGGAGAACUGCAAUCUAACGCCGUACUCUUCGCGCAUGGCUACCGUUUCCUCGACGGAAGUAACUCGCUGCUUCAAGCGACCCGAACCACCGGGUGUUAGUCCGGUGCAGAGCAAGCGCACCAAGAUGCAGACGGACGCAAUGUCGCUCGCAACGGCGGCCACGGCCGUGAAUGCGCUCGACAGUCCGGCAAGGACGACUGUGCUGGCGGCGGUGCCGAAAAAGCCGGUGUACCAGAAGUCAAUCUCGAUGAACGAUGCCCAGAUCAUGAGUGCGUUGUCGCGGUCAUCGUCCGAGCCGGACUUAAUCGGUGACUUUAGCAAAUCGUACGUGCUGCCGUUGAUGGAAGGACAGCAUCGGGAUUUGAAGUCGAUCUCGGGCGAAACGAUGGCGCGGCUGGUACGCGGUGACUACAACGACAAGAUAGCAAGCUGCAAAAUCAUCGAUUGCCGGUAUCCGUACGAGUUCGAGGGUGGUCAUAUUCGGGGUGCUAAAAAUCUGUACACCCAGGAUCAGAUCAUCGACGAGCUGAUCAAGUCCAAGAGUGAAACGCCAAAGGUCCUGGCCGGUGGUCAGGAUGGUACGAUGCGACGCCACAUCAUUGUGUUUCAUUGCGAGUUCUCGUCCGAGCGUGGUCCAAAACUAUCACGCUUCUUGCGCAAUUACGAUCGUAUCCUGAACGCCGACAGUUACCCUGCACUCCACUAUCCGGAGAUUUACCUGUUGCACGGUGGCUAUAAGGAGUUCUUUAAGGCACAUGCCGAGCUCUGUGAUCCUGUUGCCUACCGACCGAUGCUGGAUCCGGAGUUUGGUGAUGCGUACCGCCAUUUCCGGGCCAAGUCACGCAGCUGGAAUGGUGAUGGUACCGGUACGAUAAAAGCCAGCAACACCACAGCAGGCCCGAUCACCAGUGGGCAAGGUCGGCUAACAAAGUCACGAUCUCGGUUAAUGCUAUAA